AGUGAAGAGCUGGUGAAGAGUGAAGUCAUUACGCCGGGUCACCUCGUGCUCUUGUCAAUUUUUCGCUAAUUGCGAAGUGAUUGUGAAUUCUGCUGCGAUCGGUGGUGUAAAUUAGCCAAGUAGACGCGCGUGCAAGAUAUUCUCCGCCUCCACCAUGGGUAACUACCGCAGCAAAGCGGCCACCGACAUCGAAAAUCAAGAAGGCGCUGGCCCUUUCUACAAAUUCGCGGCGGCUUCCAUGCAGGGCUGGCGUAUUAAUCAAGAGGACGCCCAUGCGUGCUUGCCAGAGUUUGACAUGGAGAAAGGGAUUGCCCUUUUCGCUGUUUUUGAUGGGCACGGCGGCCCAGAGGUUUCACAGUAUUGUGCAUCUCAUUUGGCUGACCAUAUAAAAAAUGAUCUGGCUUACAAGACUGGGGACUUGAAAGAAGCCCUAGAAGAAUCUUUCAUGACAUUUGACAAGUCCUUGAGAACCCCAGAGGUCAUAAAAAAGCUGAAGGAAAUUUUGAAGACAAGCUUAAGUGGUUCAGAUGACGAUUCUGAGGUAGAGCAAGAGGACAUGCAAGGACUGCUGGAGGAUGCUUGCGCCCCACUCGAAAAAGUCCUGCAGAAUUAUGCUCUUAAAAAGCUUGAAGAGCAUGGAAAAUUGCCCAAUGGAUCUGACUCCAAAGAGGAAGGAAAAACUGAUGACGUUGCCAAUGCUGGUGCUGAAGGAACCUCCAUUGCUGGUAGUACCUCCAGCUCGGCCGGGGGAUCUUCAGGUGCUGGAGGCUCGGGUAGUGGCGGCAGCAUCAAAGCUGGAGGAAGUGGCACCUCACCAUCGCGACCUGGAAGAGGCCAAAGAAAAGCAGUAGAGCCGAAAGAAGGUGUUGCUGAAGCUUCCGCAGACAAGGAUUCAAGUGAUGAAGACAGUGAGGAUGAAACAUUUGACACUGAAGAUGAAUCUGAAGAAGAUGACAGCAGUGAAGGUGGCUCAGGCAGUGAGGGAGGUGAAGACGAGGAAGAUGAGGAUGAGUCAGAGGAGGAUGAUGACGAUGAAGAUGAAGGAAUGAUGAAAAGCCGUGACUUGCUCAUGAAGUUGCUGAAGAGGAAGAGAAAAGCGGUCGAGGCUUGUGAUGAUGAAGAAGAGGAUGAAUCAGGUCCAAAGAAGAAAAUCUUUUGCGGCCUCUCUUCAACUCCUGCUAUGGAGUCAGGAACAACUGCAGUCGUCGCUUUGCUGGGCAAAGAGAAGGUGACAGUGGCCAACAUCGGCGAUUCAAGAGCCAUCCUGGGCCGUUUGGUCAAAACAGAAAAUGGACAUGAAAUGAAGGUUAUUGAGUUGAGCAACGAUCACAAGCCAGAGCUGCCCGAGGAAAAGGAGAGAAUUGAAAAUGCUGGAGGAGUGGUGGACGACGACGGCAGGGUUGACGGAGGAUUAAAUUUGUCGAGGGCGUUUGGAGACUUUGUUUUCAAGUCGAACAAGGACAUGCCUGCCGAAAAGCAGGAAGUCAUUGCUUUCCCUGACGUGAUCAGUGUUGACCUCAAAUUUGAGCAAGAUGAAGCAGAUCAGUUCCUAUUUGUAGCAUGUGAUGGAAUUUGGAAUGACAUGAGCUCUGAUAAUGUAGCGGAUUUCAUCUGGACUCGCCUGGAGAAACACGUCCCUAUGAAAGAUAUCCUAGAGCAGAUGUUCAAACACAUACUUGCACCAAACAUGAGCGGAGAUGGCACUGGAUGUGACAACAUGACUGCAGUAAUUGUACGCUUUGAUGGUCCAGAAAAAGCAGAGCAGUCUGAAAACAAUUCUAGCAGCACAAAGGAAGAAUCGGAUAUGAAAUGAGUGUGUCUGCAUUCAUAUAAAAAGAACUUGAAAUUGCAGUACAAUUAUGAAAGCAUAUUUAUUGCAAUUUGCGAUUUUGUUCUGUACGUAUGGAUUUUUUUAUUAAUUACUUAUUUCUCUGAUGUACCAGUACUGGUCUUAUUUUUAUACCACAUUACAUGAAUGAAUGAAUAUCAGAAAUAAAAAUAAUUAUUGAAAUUAUAAAA